AUUAUUCUUUAAAGUUAUUUUAGAUAAUGCUUGCUUUAAACUUGAUGAUGUCUUAUUUUGUGUCGCUUUUCUUUUGAGUUCCUUUAGGAUUGUGUUUGCGGUUAACGCACUAAUGUUUUAUUUUGUGCCAUUAUUCAUUAAGUUCCUUCAAGCUAAUGCUUGCUUUAAACAUGAUGAUGCCUUAGUUUAAGUUCCUUCAAGCUAAUGCUUGCUUUAAACAUGAUGAUGCCUUAGUUUAAGUUCCUUCAAGCUAAUGCUUGCUUUAAACAUGAUGAUGCCUUAGUUUGUGCUACUAUGUUUUAAAGUUCCUUUAGAUCCUUUCGUUCUGCACUAAAUAUUAUAGAAAGAUAUGUCCUUUAGUGGUUUAGAUAUUUUCUAUAAUAUUUUGUAUUUGUCUCAAGGUUUACAAUUUUGUAUAUUGGCACUAUACCAGACGAGGUUAUGAUUGGUGUUAUAUUGUUCGUUAUUGGUUGUGUAUUGGCACUAUACCAGAUGAGGUUACGGAUUAUAGAGUAUAUAUUGUACUGUCUUAUAUUAUCAAGUGGGGUACCCAUCAUAUACUAACUAUUAGUGAUCUUAUUGCUGACAUAUUAUCUGUUAGUGAUCUUGUUUGUCUGUCAGUUUAUAGGUUGGUUUAAAACGUUGAUCAGUAUGACAAACCUUAAUGUAUACAUAAUAUCUUUUACUUGAAAUUGUUAGAUGUUUGUAUGUUAUUCCUGUCAUGUGUGGAACCCCUUCUUUGCAAUGGUAAGUGAGAAAUUAUUUUUCAACUAGAUAGAAGUAAGUGUGAAGAAAUUAUAAUUUGAUGGAGAAUAAAAUAUUAUCGCGUUUGUUCUGUCUUCCACCCUAUUCCCUCCACAUCUCCAUUAAUGUCUUUUCUUUAGUUGGUAGCAUGACACUAACUUUAUUUGGAUUUGAAUAUAAAAGACACUCUUGUGUUGUUCGUCCAGCUAAUAAAAGUAUUUUUCUUUUAGAAAAAAAAAAGAAGAAGAGUUAAUGCAGGUAUAACUUUGCAACUACCCUACUCACCACCCUUGCCUUGGCUGCCACAAGACUUUGGGAGAGAGCUACUCUACUCCCACUCUGAUCAAAGAUGGCCGUUGUUCUUGAUGCCUUCAUCUCCGGGCUGCUCGGUACGUUGAAGGACAUGGCUAAAGAGAAGUUGGACUUGCUGUUGGGCGUCCCCGGGGAGAUCCAAAAGCUCCGACGCUCUCUCCGCAACAUCCACUCUGUCCUUCGCGACGCCGAGAAGCAGCGGAUCGAGAACGAGGGCGUCAACGACUGGCUGAUGGACCUCAAGGACUUCAUGUACGACGCCGACGACCUCCUCGACGAGUGCCGGAUGGAGGCCCAGAAGUGGACUCCUCGUGAGUCCGAUCCGAAGCCGUCCACCUCGUGCGGAUUUCCCUUCUUUGCUUGCUUUCGCGAGGUCAAGUUCAGACAUGAGGUGGGCGUCAAAAUCAAGGAUCUCAACGAUCGGCUGGAAGAGAUCUCGGCCGGAAGGUCCAAGCUGCAACUCCAUGUGUCUGCGGCCGAACCAAGGGUGGUUCCUCGAGUUAGUCGCAUAACUUCCCCCGUGAUGGAGUCUGACAUGGUUGGCCAGCGACUGGAGGAGGACUCCAAGGCACUGGUGGAGCAGCUGACAAAGCAAGAUCCGAGUAAGAACGUGGUGGUGCUGGCAAUUGUGGGGAUCGGUGGCAUCGGAAAGACCACCUUCUCUCAGAAGGUGUUCAAUGAUGGUAAAAUCAAAGCCAGCUUCCGCACCACCAUCUGGGUGUGCGUGUCCCAAGAGUUCAGCGAGACGGAUCUCCUCGGAAACAUCAUCGAAGGUGCUGGUGGAAAAUAUAAUAGAGAACAGAGCAGGAGUCUGCUGGAGCCCUUGGUGGAGGGUCUCCUGAGAGGGAACAAGUUCUUGCUGGUGUUGGAUGAUGUUUGGGAUGCUCGGAUCUGGGACGACUUGCUCCGCAAUCCUUUGCAGGGAGGAGCAGCAGGCAGCAGGGUGCUGGUGACAACCAGAAACGCAGGGAUCGCGAGGCAAAUGAAGGCGGCCCACGUCCACGAGAUGAAGCUGCUGCCUCCGGAGGAUGGCUGGUCCCUCCUGUGCAAGAAGGCGACGAUGAAUGCAGAGGAGGAAAGGGAUGCCCGAGAUCUAAAGGACACAGGCAUGAAGAUUGUUGAGAAAUGCGGAGGGCUUCCCCUGGCCAUCAAGACCAUCGGAGGGGUCCUCCGCGACAGAGGACUCAACAGAAGUGCGUGGGAGGAAGUUCUCCGCAGCGCCGCAUGGUCACGGACCGGGCUUCCCGAAGGUGUGCACCGAGCACUGAAUCUGAGCUACCAAGACUUGCCGUCCCAUCUGAAGCAAUGCUUUCUCUACUGUGCCUUGUUCAAAGAAGACUAUGUGUUUGCCAGGUCUGACAUCAUCAAAUUAUGGAUAGCCGAAGGGUUUGUCGAAGCACGAGGAGAUGUCAGCUUGGAGGAAACUGGGGAGCAAUAUUACAGUCAGCUGCUUCAUAGGAGCCUUCUACAAUCGCAACCUUUCGGUCUGGAAUACAAGAAUUAUUCAAAGAUGCAUGACCUGCUGCGAUCGCUCGGUCAUUUCCUCUCGAGAGAAGAGAGCUUGUUCAUUAGUGACGUGCAAAACGAGUGGAGAAGUGGUGCCGCCCUGAUGAAGCUACGUCGGCUGUCGAUUCGGCUCGCUGUAACCACGGACAUCCAGCAUAUCGUCAAUUUGACCAAGCGACAUGAGUCAGUGAGGACAUUGUUAGUGGAGGGAUCACGCGGCAUUGUGGGGGAUGUAGAUGAUUCCUUGAAGAACCUUGUGCGACUUCGAGUCCUGCACAUUAAGUACACAAAUAUCGAGAGCAUAUCACACUAUAUCGGAAAUUUGAGACACUUGAGAUACUUGGAUGUGUCUCGUAGCCAUAUAACGGAGCUUCCAGAAAGCAUAUGCAAUCUGACGAAUUUGCAGUUUUUGAUCCUCCAAGGAUGUUUCAAGUUGAGACAGAUCCCCCAGGGUAUAGAUAGGCUGGUCAAUCUAAGGACACUCGAUUGUAAAGAAACACGCUUGGAGAGCUUACCAUGUGGAAUAGGAAGGUUGAAGCACCUCAAUGAACUCCAAGGAUUCGUGGUGAACACGGCUACUGGUUCGUGCCCAUUGGAAGAAUUAGGCAGCCUCCAGGAGCUCAGAUACCUCUCCAUUCACAGGUUGGAGAGGGCGUGGCUGGAAGCUGAACCGGGAAGGGAUACGAGCGUAUUAAAAGGUAACCAUAAACUGAAGAAUCUACAUUUACAUUGCUCAUCCACACCGACAUCCGAUGGUCACACUGAGGAACAGAUCGAAAGAAUCGAGAAGGUGUUGGAUGUGGCACUUCAUCCACCAUCGUCUGUUGUUUCGCUCACGUUAGACAAUUUCUUCGGCCUCCGGUACCCCAGCUGGAUGGCGUCUGCAAGCAUCAGUUCGCUUCUUCCAAACAUAAGCCGCUUGGAACUAAUUCACUGCGUUCAGUGGCCACUGCUUCCACCGCUAGGGAAGCUCCCCAGUUUGGAGUUUCUUAAAAUAGGAGGUGCACGUGCAGUGACCACCAUCGGACCGGAAUUUUUUGGGUGUGAAGCUGCUGCUACUGGUCAUGAACGGGAACGGAAUUCAAAGCGCCCUUCUUCUUCUUCUUCUUCUUCUUCUUCACCUUCUCCUCUGUUGUUUCCGAGUCUAAGGCAGCUGCAACUCUGGAAUAUGACUAACUUGGAAGUGUGGGAUUGGGUAGCGGAAGGUUUUGCUAUGCGUCGCCUAGACAAAUUGGUCCUCCAUAAUUGCCCCAAGUUGAAGUCUCUACCGGAAGGCCUGAUCCGACAGGCAACCUGCUUAACCACAUUGAAUCUGUGGGAUGUGUGUGCUCUCAAGUCCAUCAGAGGUUUCCCUACUGUGAAACAACUGAGGAUAAGUGGUGAAUCAGAUCUGGAGAUUGUUGCUGAUCUCCCUGCACUGGAGGUCUUGGAGUUGGGCCCGUUUGGGCGUCUCAACAAUCAUUUACCAGAGUGGUUGGCGCAACAAUCAUUCACUGCGCUCCAGAGACUGGACGUAAGUGGAACCACCCAACAACUCGUCAGAUGCCUCCAAAAUGGCGCAGACUGGCCCAUGAUCGAACGCUUUCCAAUUUUUUCCAUCAGAGAUGGCCGAGGCAAUUAUAUAAACUACAUCAAGCAUUCCUGCACCUUCGACACAAACCUAGUCGAUGAUGAUGCUGUUUUUGCUGCUGUUGCUGCUGCCGAAGAAGAAGAAAAAAGAAGAAGACAUCAAUGAUCUUUGAGGGAGAUCGACAUCAUUCACGAUGUAAUUGGCAGUCAUGUCUAAUAUGAUCAUUGCAAGUGGAGCUGACCAUUGUCUGUC